CGCUACUACCACCGCUUAUAUUGUCGGUCGGUUGUUUCGCUUUCCGAGAAACAUCAACCACCGCUAACUCUGCUCCAAGAAACACCUUUCAUUCACACAUGAGCGGAGAAGCUGAGAACAUGGAGCCACAGGCUUCAGACACUCAAGAUCUACCAUUUAAUGACCCGCUACCCGAUGAACCAGUGACUGGUGAUCAAGCAAAUUAUAAUCAACUGGAUUUUGAUCCGACCCUUGACUAUCCACCAGUUGAUGAUCCACCAGCUGAUGGUCCACAAAUGUAUGAUCCACCAGCUGAUGCUCUGCAAGUUGUUGAUCCACCAGUUGAUGAUCCGCAAGUUGAUCCAACAGUUGAUGAUCCUCAAGUUGAUCCACCAGUUGAUGAUCCACCAGUUGAUGAUCCAUCAGCUGAUAACCCACCAAAGGAUGAUCCACCAAUCUGUAAUACACCAAAUUUGAAUGCAACUACCGGUAAACAAAAGAAAAAAUCAAAGAAAAAGCAGGCGCAGCAAUCUGGUGAAAUAGUAUUUGCAAAAGGGACUACGAUCCAUACCAUGCCAUCUCUCACCAAACUGUUGAAGGGGAUCACAGAAUGUAUAAUUGGCCUUCAGUAUGUGUGGGAGUACCGCAGCCCCAGUAAAUCAGUCCAGCCCCACUACCAGUGCAAACUCUGUUCCCUGGCCCGUUUGCAGCAUGACAUGGUUGAUCACGUGAAAGGCUGGAAACAUGGCUUCAGAUACAUGAAAAAAGUCCACCCUGACAAGGUUACCUGUGAAGAAGAAGAUGCAAUCAAGGACUCUGCUGUCAGAAGGGCAGUCAAAGCAGCUGCUGCUGAGGUGGAGAGCACGGAGGGAAGGGGACAAAUUAAGGUGAUCCUGAAGGAGCCCUUUGACGCGCCCGCUUUCAAGGGAUUCCGUUCUGCUACUCCCAGACAUGGGCCUCCAAUGAAUAUAGCAAUGGGACCACCAGGACCUCCUUUUGGUCCCAGGUUCCCUGGCCCAGGAUUUCCAGGAGAGUUUCCCCCUCACAGAGGUCCACCUGACUUUUCACCAGGAGAAUAUGGAGCGCCUGACUUUGGAGGAUACCAGGCAAGGGACAAUUUUCCUAACCGUGGUAUGAAUAGAGGACGUUUCCCAGAUGGUAGGGGUCGUCGCCCACUUGCUGGUGGUAGAGCUGGCUAUGGAAGGAGUGGACCAAUGAAUGAUGACCCAAGAAAAAUGUUUCCUGACGGGUUCCGGAGUAACCAGAUGGGUGACGGCUUCAUAGACAAACCCCAGGACAGACCAGGCUUAAUGGGAAAAGCUCCAGACACCAAUAGAUUGCCGAAUACACUGUUGACAUACCUGGAUUCAUUCCGGAUUGAGAAUGAGAAUGAUGCACAACUAGUGCUGAAGGUGACACAGAAACUAACAGAUGUGUUGAUGGAGUACAGACUGAGGAGCGUGUCAAAGGGACCAAGUCUCAACAGUUUGCCAAUGAGUUCCCCAAAUUUUCCUUCUCCAGACCUAAGACUGGGAAACAGCAGUGACAGAUUCCAGAGUCUCUCAGGUCCACCCAGGUACUCUGACGGUCCACAGAGGUUUUACAAAUGAUGAUCAAGAUCAACUUUCUCCUUAUCGCACCAUCUGUGUCCCACAUACAGAGCAUUCAUAUUUGUCCAGGUGUCUGGUGGAGGGGAUGUUAAUGCAUAGUUCUCCUGUGUUGCUACCAGGUAGUUUUUUGUGUCCAGACAUGUUUAACAGGUUAUUGUUGAUUUUGUUUUGUUUUUUGUUUCUUUGUUUUUUAUUUCCCAGGCCAAAUAAAACUUGUGAAAAACA